AUGUGUCCUGGGGAUGAAUUCGGCGACGGGAUUAUCCCCGACCUUUCACAACCGACAAAUCUCGAUAAACGGGUGAACACCUCUGGCCUCGGCGGUGGGUCGGACAUCCGCUCCAGCGUUAAUUUAGACUGCACGCCUCAGAUGACCGCUUGGAAUAAUCUGUUGGGAGAUGACCAAAGAAAAAGCCGAGACUUGUUCAACUUUACCGCGGCUAAUCUAUUUGAUUCAUGUCAUUUAUCACACCCAGCUGAUGACUUUGGCCCAGACAUAGCAUUGUGUCCAAUACCAAACCUGGCCAGGGAGGGUCAGGAUGAACAGGAGACGGAAUCCUCGAUAUCAUAUCCGGAAAAGGAUGAGAGCCCUAUAGUGUACCUCUCCAACCUCAUGAUAGAUAUCCAUGAAGCAGCAAAGACUCUCACGGAUAGCCCCUGGGCGUAUCCCAACCACUCAACUGGGCUUGACAGCUACCCUGUUGGCAUAGUCUUACAGUUACCUCAAGACCUUUUUCGGAUUCUACAUAGGCCAAUAUCAAUGACCAGCACCAAUCAUGGCAGCCAUUCGCAGGGGUCAGCCACUGCCGAUACUUUGCAGAAUAGAGAUCACCACCUUGUUCCGGAUUUACAAAGUCGAACAACAAACAGUUCGUCCAUAUCAACACCACCCCACCAGCCGGCGGGCCUGAUAACUACGCCACAUAUAUUACUAGUCAUGAGCUGUUACACUUCCUUUACCAAAUUAUACGUUGUGAUGAGCCAUUUUCGUACACAUCUCCGAGGAUCAUCAGAGCGGCACUCGACACAAAAACUACCAUUCUUCGACCAAAACAUCAGCGAAAGGCUCCGACUGGGCGAAUUGGCUCUUCCCAGGGACAUGUGGAUCAAGACAGAUACUGCGAUGCGUGCGCUACUUGAUAUUCUCCAUGCAGUUGAGACCGCGAUAGGUGUUCCUGAGCGGCUCUCUAUAGCAGGGAAAGGCAAGAAUCUUCAAUCAUCUUUGGACAUGGAAGAAACGAUGACGCUCAACACUGGAUUUAUCGAAAAUGUAAUUCAGGUCGAGGCUGACCGAGAAUCGAUCAAGGAAGUGCAAUUAUUGAAGGAAAUUUUACGGAAAAAGUAG